AUGGCUAAUGGUUUACACGAGACGAAAAAUGACAAAGAUUCGAUGAAAGGGUUGCUUGCUGAUGUUGCCCAUACUAAGGCCAUCUCAACAUAUGCAGAGUUUGUUGAUCCGAAUGAUUGUACGAUGGGAGAUACUGAGGAAGUAAAUGUUGGUACAGAUUUUGUAGGGCAGCCUGGUAACAACUCAGUUAUUGACUCGAACGAUGCGAUGAUUUCGGAUGAAGACUUACAUUGA